AUGCCUAUCAGCAAGCCUACUAUAGGCGAAAACGGCUACCGGGGUUUCAACCCACAUUCCGAGGUCCUUCACAGGGGUUGGAACGGCCACAACGCCUGCCCUUUGCCGUGCGACGUCAUUGUUGACCACGACCUGGCCAUCAAAGUUCGUGACGGUUGCACCUUCUAUCGCGAUGUCUACCGGCCCCUAACUUCCGGCGCUGACGAGAAAUCCUGA